GCCCCGGCAGCUCGGGCUGCGCACCGCCGGAAGCGAGCGGGGAAGGGGCGGCGCGGCGGCGGGCAGAGAGCGGCUAGGCGCAGAACGGCGGACCAGACAUGCCUCUGGCCAAGGAUCUACUGCACCCCUCCCUGGAGGACGAGAAGAGAAAGCACAAGAAGAAACGGCUUGUGCAGAGCCCAAACUCCUACUUCAUGGAUGUAAAAUGUCCAGGAUGCUACAAGAUCACUACAGUGUUCAGUCAUGCUCAGACAGUAGUUCUGUGUGUAGGGUGCUCAACUAUCCUGUGUCAGCCUACAGGGGGGAAAGCCAGGCUCACAGAAGGCUGUUCAUUUAGAAGAAAGCAACAUUGAAGACUUCAGCAUGUGGUUUUGGAUCUGUAUUCCUGAAAGCCUUAGCAGUUGAAAAAUGCCUUUUCACAUAACAAUGUCAUUACAACUGAUUUUGUAAAAAUUACAUGCUAUUGGUGACUAAUGAAGCUCCUCUUCAAUAAAAGAUUUGAAGUGCAAGUUUUCCCCGCAGUUUUGCAGCCAGCUUUCAAGCAGUGUAUUGCUAAUGGGCUGGUGUUAUUUCAUACAAAAACCUUGGGACUCCCUACAUAUUUCCCCUCAUUAAUCAUCAGCUACAGUGGUACAAUGCACAGGGUGACAGAAACUGGGGAUGCUUUAUUACUGCAGCUAUCCUGACUUCAAGGGUUGCAAAGGCUAGAUGGAUUUUCAGUGGCUCAUUUGCUUUCAGCAUGGCUUUA